AUUGAUUCUCCAGAUUCCAAACAAAUUGCAAAGAAGAAACCCAAAACAAUGAUUCCUUAUCUCUUUCGUCCAGAUUCAGAAUCACACCUCUUCUGUUCUUCAUCAGAUCUACAUCUUGUCACCAUCGCCAAGGUCGUUCUCUCUCUCGAUCGGUCGAUCCUCAUACUUCUUUUGUUCUUCAUCAAAUUUUCAUCUUCUCGCCGAGGUACAAAAUCACUUUCAACUUACUGCCUUUGUCACGCCCCAAACCGAGAGCGAAACAGACGCCGUGCAUUUGGGAACGGGUCUCACAAUGCACAAGGCUCGAAACUUACUAAGAGUUCUGUACACAAAAUUCCUAAGUCAGCAUGGGUGACUAGCGGCCUAGCUACAAAACUGAAUCCAAAAAUGCCUAGCCGUCUAGCUCGUCACUCCCCUGGGCUUCCCACGCGUCGGAUCUCACUACCUGAAAUGGUGGACAAGGAAACCGUGAGAUAAAAUAUCUCAGUAAGUAAACAUAGGUGCCCGGAAUCAAAAUUUAAAGCAUGCCAAAUAAUCGGUUGAAACAUAAAUAGAGCGUUUCAAUAACAAACCAUUAAUGCAAAGUAAAAUCACAUAGUGGUCUCCUCUAUUAGUCAUGACCAGUGUUAUAAACCUCCCACUGGCAG